UUUAGCGGAUGUGACAGGGUUGUCCUCCUGCUAACUUCAGUGGAAGUCGGUCAGCUUUAGAGCUUGAACUAAUCAACAAGCCCUCCGAGGCUUGCCGCUCGCAGCCGCUUGUUCUCCUCCUCUCCUUGUGUUCUUGGAGUCCCUGUGUUCUCCCCCUCCACCCAAGUGGGAGUGGGAGUGGGUGUGUCGAUGCGAACCAGUGUAGCUUCGUCGCUGCUUGUGCGCACUCUGAAAAAGAGGAAAAAGUUGAUGAUGAGUUCAGAGUGAGAGCGGCCCGCCUCGGAGCAGGCUAACCGUCGGGGAAUGGCAGUCUGGACCAGAGCGGACAAAAAUGGCCAGCUGGACCUUCUGCUCCGCGACCGCUGGAUCCGAGUGGGGGCCGAACUCACGCGGGAGACGCUGACUUUAACGGCCGAGGCGGAGGUGAGCGGACAGGGGGGAAAUCACUGGGACUACCCGUCGGCUGGCCUCCGAAAUGGCAUGUCGAACGGAAACGACCCAGGAUCGAGCCCGGGGAACCCUGGUCGCGGUUCCUCCUCGGGUCAAGACCAACUUCAGAAUCAGAAUCACGUGGUUCGAGGGCGCAGUAGCAGCCCGGGUCGAGGAAGCGUCAGCCGGAGUCAGUACGAUGGAAACUACGGUGUAAACAGUUCUGGAAAGUACCAGGUGAACGGCGCAAACUCUGACUUCGGGAGCCCCGGCUCCGGCUACGGGAGUCCCGGGUCAAGCUUCGGGUCGAGGCAAGGCGACCCCCCGGUCAACUUGGACGGCUCCUCCGAAGCGGUGCGGAAAGUCCGAGUUGUCAAACAAGAGUCCGGCGGGCUGGGGAUCAGCAUCAAGGGAGGGCGGGAGAACCGGAUGCCCAUCCUCAUCUCCAAGAUCUUCCCGGGGCUCGCCGCUGACCAGAGCCGAGCGCUCCGGGUGGGCGACGCGAUCCUGUCCGUGAACGGGAACGACCUCCGGGAGGCGACCCACGACAUGGCGGUCCAGGCGCUGAAGAAGGCCGGGAAAGAAGUCACGCUAGAGGUGAAGUACAUCCGCGAGGUGUCUCCGCUCUUCAAGAAGCCGUCCCUGGUGGCCGACCUGCAGUGGGACGGCGUCCGCCCACAGUCCCCCAGCUACAGCGGCAGCGACGACUCCGGGUCGCCCAAGCACAGCAGCUCAUCGUCCUCGUCCAAAGACAGGAAGGUCAUCAGCCUGAAGAUGUGCUUCAUCAGCAGGAACCUCACCAUGCCUGAUCUGGAGAACAGGCUGCUGGAGCUGCACUCCCCGGACGGCCAGCACACCGUGGUGCUGCGCUGUAAAGACGGAGCCACAGCCAACUCCUGGUUCACUGCCAUACACACCAACAUAGCCGCUCUCCUGCCGCAGACGCUGGCACACAUCAACGCCUACCUGGGGGCCUCGUCUGCAGCCUCCACACACCCCCACCUUAAACACAUCGGCUGGCUGGCUGAACAGAUUCAGCUGGAAGGCGGACGGCAGCAGUUCAGGCCGGUCGUCAUGGCGCUGACGGAAAAAGACAUCCUGUUGUUUGAAUCGGUGCCGUGGAGCAGAGAGUCCUGGUCCAUGCCUCUGCUCACGCACCCGCUUCUCGCCACCAGGCUGGUUCACUCCGGCAGCGCCAGGGGUUCUCCGUCCCACGGCUCGGACCUGGUGUUCGCCACUCGGACCGGCACCGGGCGCGGCAUCGAGUCACACGUCUUCAGAGUGGAGACCCACUGGGACCUGUCCACGUGGACGCGCGCUCUCGUUCAGGGGGUGCACGCCGCGGCUGAGAUCAUCAAGGAGGUCUCCAUCGGUUGCACGUUGAACAGGCAGGACGUCCGGCUCACGCUGCACUACGAAAAGGGCUUUACUAUUACAAGGGAGCCAGCUGACCAGACAGGGGGCGCUGUUCUCUUCAGGUACCCCUACGAGAAGCUCAAAAUGUCUGCCGACGAUGGAAUACGCAAUCUUUACCUUGACUUUGCUGGUCCAGAGGGAGAAAUGGUGUUCGACCUCCACUCGGGUCCAAAGCCGGUGGUCUUCGUCCUCCACUCCUUCCUGUCAGCCAAGCUCACCCGCAUGGGCCUUCUGACGUGAACUAGCCGACUCGCUUCAGCACAGACGGAAGGAUUUACAUUUUACAGCCGAUUUUUUUUUUUUUUUUAUUAUUUUAUUUCCUCCCCCCUCCCCACUUUCUCGACUCAUGGUUGAGGUUAGGCCUGCCGGCGGCGCUGCAGGGAAAGUUUAAAGCACGAGUCGUUUUGUUGAUUGUCUCAGAAAUGUGCCUUCUGGCUCCCACCCUACCCCCCCUCUCCCCUCUCAGCCUCUCGUAAUCAUCUGCGCUGCAAAGUUGGUGUAAAAGGAAGGAGCGUUUCGCUUCGGGUCGGGAGGAUUAAGGAAGCUACAUCAACGUGCAAAAAAGCAAGAGUUGAUAAAAUCUCUCCACAUUCCACAGAGCAAAGUUUAAACCUGGCUGUGGUGGGCUGACGUAAGAGACCGCAGCACUCUAUGAGUUUUACUGAAAAACCUCAGUCAGGAGGGCUUUUGUAGAUACAAAACACAGAGUUGAGCACAAACUGAUUUUUUUUUUUUUUUUUUUUUCCCCUGUUUUUACUCUGCCUAUCAUUCCAUUACAGCCUUCCCAUGCAGCUGGGCUCUUUUUAACGCGUGUUUGUCUUUGUGUCGGCCCGUGCUAGGAAGGUGUUUGAGUCACGAUGCAGUCAAACAGUGUGACUCCAUACUACAAGCUGGAGACGGUGUGUCCGCACGUUAUCCCUAACUACUGUUUGUAAUCAGGAUCGCCAGCUGUGCCUUUUUAACUUGUAGUCAAAGACACUCUUUAUAAGGUUUCCUUUUAUACUCCACGAUAUAAGAGCUUUGAUCAUGCACAAGCAAUAGUGUUACUCUGAUAGUGUAAACCAUGUUACUGUGUUUUAUAAGUGUGUAUCUUUCCCAUGAAAGCAUGACUCUCUGAUCAACCAUCAGACGAUAAGUUACUUUCUCUUCCAGCUGCAACUCUCCGUUUUCCCCAUUCUGUUUUAUCCAA